UAUGUAUUCUCGUCUCCUUGGCUAAGAUCACUCUGCAACUCUUCAGUUUCCUACUCAUCCCUCUUAUCCUUAACAAAACCUUAACAUUUGCAUUUUUUACUUUUUCUUUCUCUUGUCCACUAAAACCAUAGCUUCUGAGUUUUCUCGCUUUUCUCCUUCUGUUUCAAGCUCAAACAGAGUCUGUACAAAGUGAGUUUUUGAAAAUAUGGAAUCGAGGGGGAGCAAGAGGCAACUAGUGGCGAUGGAGAUGAUUUAUAGGUUUAGGAUACUAUUGCCAAAUGGAAUGACGGUAGGAUUGAGAUUGACGGACCCAGGAAGUGAAAUUUUGUUUGAAGAUUUUAUUAAAUUGGUGAAGGAAGAGUAUUUGCUGUCUCAGCGACAAUCGGAAUCAAAGAGGAAAAGUCCGCUAAAUUGGAACGGUGCAAACCUGUACCUUGAAGAUGCAAAUGACAACAAAAUAAGGCACAUGAUGAACUUGGCUAACUACAAGCCACACAAGUGUCACAUUUUACGUCUUCAUGUCAGUAUUAGUUGCUUCUAAUAAAGCCUUGUUAUAUAUAGUCUUCUUCCAUUCAUUUUGUGGUACUUUUUUGAAGUUUAUCCGUGUGAUUCAUCUUAGUUUGAUUUAAGUGUGCUAUUCCGUGUUUGGGGAUAUUUGUUUGCUGACGCUUUUAACUUGCUUUGUUCUGGAAACAAGGAUGGGUCCGCUCUGACUACCGAUACGUAUGAGAACAUGUGGGAUUUGACUCCUGAUACUGAUUUAUUAAGAGAGCUACCAGAAGAGUAUACUUUUGAAACUGCUCUGGCAGAUUUGAUUAGUUGACUUCACGACAAAGGAAGAUAGAAUUUCAAUUUUUGAUACAGGUCCUGGAAUGGACAACAGUGAUGAAAAAUCUAUAGUUAAGUGGGGAAAGAUAGGUGCCUCACUUCACAGAUCAUCCAAGACACAGGCAAUAGGGGGCAGACCACCAUAUUUGAUGCCGUAUUUUGGCAUGUUUGGAUAUGGUGGACCUAUGGCAUCAAUGCAUUUGGGGAGGCGUGCGAUAGUCUCUUCCAAGACAAAGGAGUCGAGAAAAGUUUACACUUUACAUCUUGAAAGAGAAGCUCUGCUUAGCAGUACUCACUCUGAACUAACUUGGAGGACUAAAGGAAGCAUGAGGAAUCCUACAGAUGACGAAAAUAGAGAAUCCCGUCAGGGAAGCUUCACAAAGGUGGAGAUAUUGGAGCUUAGAGUGAAAAAUAUGGACAUAUUUCAACUCCAAUGCAGAUUGAAGGACAUCUAUUUUCCAUAUAUUCAGUGUGAUGAUCUGUCUAACAAAGGGAAAACCACUACACCAAUUACAUUUCAGGUUAAUGGUGUUGAUUUAGCUGAGAUUGAGGGUGGUGAGGUUUCAAUAACCAACUUUCAUUCUUGCAAUGGCCCGGAGUUUGUCUUACAACUUCACUUUUCUAUCAACCAAGAUGAUAUUGGACUCAAGCCAGGUUUGAGGUCACCUCGAGAGGCUAAUGCAUGUCUCAAGUGUGUUUAUUUUCCCAUUGUUGAGGGGAAAGAGAGUAUUGAGAAGAUAUUGGAGAAGUUAGAAGCUGGAGGAUGUGGAAUUGCAGAGAACUUUGAAACCUUCAGCCGUGUCUCUAUCCGUCGUCUUGGCCGCCUACUUCCAGAUGCUCGUUGGGCAAGUCUUCCGUUCAUGGAAUCUAGGCAGAAGAAAGGUGAUAAGGCUUACUUAUUGAAGAGGUGUUGCUCGAGAGUUAAAUGCUAUGUUGAGACUGAUGCUGGUUUCAAUCCAACACCUUCUAAGACUGAUCUAGCACACCAUAACCCUUUUACCAUUGCUUUGAAGAAUUUGGGUAGAAAGAUGUUUGAGAAGGAAAAAGUAAUCAAUGUCGAAAUUUCUCGAAAUGGUAAAUUGAUAACUCCAUUGCAACUGGAAAAGGAGUAUCAAGCUUGGGUUCUUCAAAUGCAUGAUCAUUACGAUGAAGAAGUUGGUUAUGGUGAGGAUGAUCCAAUUCUGAUUGUUAGCCCUACAAACAAAAAGCAUCUUGGGAUUUCUUCUGAUGUUGUACGGGUGUAUCAGAUUUUGAAGAGGAAAGGGGCAUCUUGGAAACGUGGUCAGAAAAUAAAAGUUCUCAAGGGAGCUUGCCCUGGAUUGUAUAAGAGCAAUGUAUAUGCAACCUUAGAAUAUUUUUUGAUUGAAGGUUUUGAAGGAGAUGCCGGUGGGGAAGCUCGGAUUAUAUGCAGACCACUUGACGUUGAAGAUGAGGAUGGCUGUGUGCUUGAAUUGAAGAAUGGGAUUGCAAGUUUUGAUAUCCGUCGGUCUUUAUCCUUGCCUUUUAGCGUGGUUGAUUCUGGAAAGUGCAUGGCAAUUGAAAGAAUUGAGUGGAAUAACCAGCUUGAGAAGCGGCGUUUGAGAGCACCCUCUACAAUUGAUUUGCUGGAUGCAGAGCAUUGUCGAGAGUUGGAAGUUGGUGGGGCGUUACCUUUUGAUGCUACAGUUGAUGUUGGACAAGUACCUCCGCUGGAAGUUGUGGCAGUUGUUCGGCCUGCCAGUUAUGAUGCUUCUAGCACUUCAAACAGCUUGGACCAAAAGUAUAUUUUCAAAGAUACCACAGAGAUGUCUAUGGUAGUUACUUUUAGAAGAGCAGCAAAGGGUUGCGGAAGUGCAGACCAUAUAUACUCAAAACGUGUAGCUCCUUCAUGUCAUAAAGGGCUUAAUGGCUUAUAUAUUUUUCCACUGGGUCAGAAGUUUCCCAAAUUAUUCCGACGUCCAGGUGUUUAUAGGUUUUUGUUCUCUCUUGUCGGUUCUAGUUGUAAGGAAUGUGAGAAAAAUGUGGUAGUAAGGGCUGAUGCUGCAAAGUGGAAACUUCUGAGUAAUAAUGGGCAUCGACCAUAUGUUGUAAGAGUGGGCUCAACAUUACAACCAAUCACAAUUGCAUGUUUUGACAAAUAUGGCAAUCAGAUUCCAAUUGUAUCACCUCCAGAAAUAAGAGUUAUCCUGAAAUUACGUGGUUCGCAUGCCCAAAUUGACAAAGUGAAGACAAGACUUUCAUCAGAUAAACUAAUGCUUGAAGUAAUGGAUUUACUUAUUGAAAGCUCUGAGUUGGAUAAAGUACGGCCAAGCUAUGAAGCGAUUUUGCUGAUUUUCCUACAAGAUGAGCAGGAUCCACUUUCAAUUCCAUGUAAAGUUACUCCUGGAUCUUUAGAUCAUGUCAGACCUCGACCACCAUUUCCAGAAAACCAAUUGUUUCCAGGUUUUGUGUUUAAGGAGUUGAUAUUAGAGAUGUUUGAUGUUUAUGGUAAUCAUGUCGCAAAAGAUGUGGAAGUUAAGCUGAAUACUGAUGGAUUUUACAUUCUUGAUCAAAUAGGUUCAUCUCGUAAGGUGGAUGACAAUGGAUGUAUUGACCUCAGUGGUCUCGUUAAAGUAACAGCUGGUUUUGGGAAAACUGUGUCAAUUUCUAUUUCAUCCUCCAACAAAAUAGUGUUCAAGCUAGAGUUUCAAACUGGCAAGAGGGAACUGAGAAUUGCUUCAAAGGUACCGGACUAUUUAGCACCUGGUUCACGUCUGGAAAAUCUAGUUUUUGAAGUUGUCAAUUCUGAGGGUGAUGUUGAUGAAACUAUUCAUGAUGAAGAUAAGUACAGCCAGUCUCAUAUGCUGACAAUAAAGUCAGAUUCCUUCAAGUUAGAUGAUUGUGUUGGCUAUGCCUUCAGGCAUGGCCGCUGCACUGUCCCUGUUGUUCCAGUUCCCGCAGUUGAAGGAAAUUUUUGCCUCACUGUUGCUCACUCUUGUUACCCAGAGCUACAUUUAAGUAUCAAGUUGUCUGUCUUCCAAACUCGAAACAUGGAAUAUGAUGAUGUUCAAUCUCCAUGUUCACAUGGGAAGUUAUUGUUGCUAGAGGAUUCAUCAAUGCAGAAGAAUGUAGGAAACACAUCAUCACUUGAUAAUGCAGGAAACCUAAUGCGGUCAAUUGUGAAGCUUGAAAAGGGACUAGAGGAAGAAAUUUUCAAAUAUGGUCAGCGAAUUGGACGUUGUGAAAACCAACUAAAAGAGCUUAAUGAGUUUAAGGCAGAUCAUGAACAAAGAUUAGCUGAGCUGCAAGCUUCAGCAGAACUUCAGUUGUUUAACAAUGUGAACUACCUGUCUACGAAAGAGGAAAUUAUCGAACAGAUUAAGAGCGGGAGAAAUUCUGCAGCUGCUACUAUAUGCCAUAUUUCUGGAAAUUUUUCAUUCCUAGAAACUCAGAAGCUUUUCACGCUAGAUAUAAUUGGCCUGGUUGCAUUACUCGGAACAGUUCAUAGCGAUAAAUUAAGCAGGAUAUUAGCUGAGUACUUAGGUGAAGAUCAAAUGCUUGCUAUAGUAUGUAGUUCCUAUGAAGCUGCCAGCACCCUUGAGAAGUACAAGGAAAAUGGUGAAGUUGAUUGCAAUCUUGCUUUUCAUUCAGUCGCAGCUGCUCUUGGAAAACACAUCUCUGGCCGAUUUCUCGUUAUUUGCCUUGAGGAUAUAAGGGCCUACACAGGAGAGGUUGAUGAGAGUGACCCUCAAAGGAGGCUAGCGUUGCCGGAUCCUAUCUUGUGUAGUGGGAAUACCCCAUCAGGUUUCAUUGGGUAUGCAGUGAAUAUGAUCAACUUGGAUGUCCAUCGUUUACGUUUUAAGACGAGAUCUGGCAAUGGUCUUCGAGAGACCUUAUUCUAUCGUCUUUUUGGUGAGCUCCAAGUUUAUGGAACCAGGCAGCAUAUGAUAGAGGCUCGUGCGUCUAUUAAGCAUGGUGCUGUCUCUCUCGAUGGCGGAAUUUUGAGAGAGAAUGGAAUCAUUUCUCUUGGAUAUGGGAAUCCUGAAAUCUGUUUUCCAGUUGAGAUGCGGGAUGAGGUCGGUUCUCCAAGAAGCAUAGAAAUCAAGAAGCAAAUGGAAGAAAAGGAGAGAAACUUGCAAAUAAUCGAAAGCCAAAUAGAGAAGUCGAAUAGGAACCGUGAGAAAGCUUUGAAAAAGUUCAGAAAGAAAUAUGAACAGUAUAACAAGUUCAUUGAUCACAUGGAGCCUGCACUUCAAGUGUACAGAUGUGACAACAGUUAAGCCCAUCUUCCCUAGAAAGAAGUACAGAGGCUGCCACACAUAUUUAUUUCCCACACAUAUUUGAAGUGAAUAUUGAUCAAGUAAUAUUAGUGAAGAGUUACAUUUUGUCUCAUAAUUUGCAUAAAGUUGUAAAACUAGUAUGCUUCAUCCUUUGGUUUAGUCUAUUGGAGUGAAAUCCUUCAGAGAACAGUUAUUAUGUCCCAUUCUUCUAAUCCACUUUAGCUUUUAAUCAAUUUAGUUAUCAGUUACAUUUU